AACGUUUCCGGAUUGUAAAUUCGGAUUCGGCUGACAGUAACGUAAACGAAGAACAAUGUUCGCAUAAAUAUCUGAAAUGCAACGACCUCCCUGUUCCUGCCAGUCUUCACAGAAGGCAGAUCACCCUCCCCCAUUCAACAGGAUCAAGCAGAACAAAUGGUCUUAGAUAUAAUGCAGUUUCUAUUGUCGACUGUAUAAUGCAGUGUGCUGUUGAAUCUCCGCCAACACAAGGGGAUAUAUUACCCUUGAGCUAUCAACAAAGGGAAACAACUCUGGGAGCAGUAUCAACUGAGAAACAUGGCUUAGAUAUUCUGUCCCUUGUGGCAGUUGAUGUCCGCAACAAGCAUGACCCCGAGGUCCCCAUGAUGGAGGACACUCUAGAUGGUUCUCAUCAGCAUUCAGUUGGUCAUCUUGACAAUGUGUACCUUGAUACUACGGACUAUGCAACCAGUGACUCUCGAGCCCAGGUAAAGGCCCAGGGGCUUAUCUCAGCCCAGAGAGUGAGUGAGGGCUUGGAGGAUGAUGAAGAAGAGGAUGAGGACAUCGGUGAGGAUGACGACUCAGAUGAUGAGGACAGUGACCCAGAUUAUGAAGCCGAGGAGGAAGAGAUUAUCAAUGAAAUGCUUUCAAAGGGUGAUAAGAAGGAGAAAUCAGACAGAUCAAAUUCUGAUUCAGAGGAAACUAAAAAGACACCAAAAUUCAGAAGAAUUACUCAAUUUACCAAAGUAACCGAUCCUUUGGACAGCAGCAAAGUCAAAUAUCAACCUCCAAAGAGAGUACCAGGGAACAAGCCAUAUAAGUGUGAAGUCUGUGGGAAAUGUUUCUCCGUGUCCAGCCAUCUGAAGACACACAACAGGAUCCACACAGGCGAGAAGCCCUAUAGUUGUGACAUUUGCAGCCGAAGAUUCUCGGAGACUGGAAGUCUGCAGAGACAUGUCCGAACACACACGGGAGAAAGACCCUUUAAAUGUGAACUAUGCGGAAAGUGUUUCAUGGAGUCAGGACAUCUCCAGAAACACAUCCGGACUCACACCGGAGAAAAACCCUACACCUGCUCCACCUGUAAUAAGUCCUUCACAGAAAAGGGUAGGCUCCGGAAACACAUUCGAGUUCACACGGGUGAAAAGCCCUAUCAGUGUGAUUUGUGCGGAAAAGCAUUUAAAGAAUCCGGCCAUCUGAACGUCCAUCUGAGAACUCAUUCUGGGGUGAAGCCAUUCAAAUGUGGGAUCUGUGCAAAGGAAUUCAAGGCUUCAACCAGUCUCAAUUCCCAUAUCCGGUUCCACACCGGGGAGAAGCCGUAUCCGUGCGAAGUCUGUGGUAAGGAAUUCGUGGAUCUCCCUCACAUGACACGGCAUCGUAAGAUUCACAACAAGGUCAAAGCAUUUACAUGUGACACGUGUGGAAAGGCUUUCACCGAUGUGGAAAAGCUUUCCACACAUUCACGAAUCCACACAGGCUUGAAACCAUACAAGUGUGAAAUCUGUGAGAAGACGUUCACGGUAGCAUCAAGUCUGAAAGCUCAUGGCACCGUUCACACUGGAGAAAAACCAUAUUCGUGUCACAUCUGUGAAAAGAAAUUCCCAUACUCCUCCAGCCUCCGACUUCACAUCAAGAGCCACAGUGGCGAGAAGCAGUAUAAGUGUCAGGAAUGUGGGAAAGCUUUUGCCAUCGCUGCUAGUCUGAAACGUCAUGAACGGUCACACACAGGAGGGAAACCCUACAUCUGUGAUUUCUGUGGGAAAGAGUUUUCUGACUCCUCGUCACUUCAGAGACACUGCAGGUCUCACAUUGUAGAUAGAGGCUACAGGGACACUGCAGGUCUCCCAUUAGGACCACCACCCUCUUCCCAGCUGACGCCCAAAAUGGAGACUUUCAUAAAGAAAGAAACGGAAGACGAAGCCGGGUCAUCCAUCUCCUUCUACAAACAACGUAUCUCUUGUCAGUUGUGUGGAAAAGAGUUUUCCCAGCUGGAGAAGCUGUCCUAUCACAUCUACAACAACUGUAAGGAUGAACCGGAGGGCGACCUUCAGAUUGACGAGUCGCCCAGACCUGACCGCUCACAACCGAGCAUGGAAUCCCCGGAAAAGGACGAGGCAGGUGAAGAGGAUGAUCCAUCUCGGUCCCAUGCAUGUGAUAUAUGUGGAAAACAUUUCCCCAAACUGCAGAAUUUACAGGUCCAUGUGAGAUCCCAUACUGGUGAAAAGCCGUAUAAAUGUCAGUGGUGUGACAAGACCUUUUCCAGCUAUGGCAACAUGAAGGCUCACAGUCGCGUCCACACAGGGGUACGCCCUCAUCAGUGUUCUCAGUGUGGCAAGGAAUUUGGCACUGCCCAAAAUCUACAAGUACAUAUUCGAACCCAUACAGGUGAAAAACCCUAUAAAUGUGCGGAGUGCGGGAAGGGGUUUGCCGGUCAGGGAAACCUUAAGGUCCACCAACGCACCCACACUGGGGAAAAGCCGUAUAAAUGCCAAAUGUGUGGGAAGGAUUUUAGGAACUUGCAAUCUCUUCAUAUUCAUGUCCGUUCUCACACUGGAGAGAAGCCGUUUGAAUGUUCAUUUUGUCACAAAGCGUUCACAAGUCAAGGCAACAUGCAGGCACACAUGCGCAUCCACACUGGAGAACGUCCUUUCAGCUGUGGCGAGUGCGACAAGAACUUCUCCAACAUGCAGGCUCUGAAGAUCCACAUCCGCACCCACACUGGCGAGAAGCCCCAUGUCUGCCAUGUCUGCGGUAAAGACUUUGCGAGUGUUGGAAAUUAUCAAGUCCACAUGAGGACGCAUACCGGGGUGAGGCCAUACUCCUGUCGAAUGUGUGGCAAGGACUUCACCACUAUGUCCAACAUGCAGACCCAUAUGGUGAGAACACAUGCUACAGAGCUCUAUGCUGAGAAUGCGCUACUAUGGAGUCGGAUGCAGGAACUUUCUAGGCAGUACAUGCAGAUGACGGCCAUGCCAGGGGUGAGUGGAGAUCAGGCCACCCCGACAGGGCCUCCUCCCUUGAACAUGGCCUUUCCGAUGGAUCUGUCUCCAGGAUUUGAACAAUUAAUUGCAGCCAAUCAGAAGCUGUUCUCAGCAUCUGCUGCUGCGAUGAGUCUAAAUGAAUCUGAUCUUGCCGAACAGGAACAAUCUGAAAAUGAAAACACAAAUUCCACGAAAGAUCCAUUGACAAGUAAUACUGGUUCCUCAGCAGGUAGUCCUAAUGGUGAGGGCCCUGACUCUCCUGCGGGUACAGGGUCAGAUAACAGUACCAGUAACCCGGGGACAAGUACAAAUCCAAAGGACACAGCCCCUGAAGAACCCGCAUAUUCUUCAGCUUCAGUUGAAGCAAAUCCUAUUCAAACUGACAACAGUGUUACCGAGGGAUCACCAUCCCCAAGUCUUAACACAGCACCAAUGGAAGUAAAUCCAGCAAGCAGUGAAUCACAACCUUCAAACAGUGAUUUCAGACCAGCAAGCAGUGAAUCACGACCUUCAAACAGUGAUUUCAGACCAGCAAGCAGUGAAUCUCUACCUUCAAACAGUGAUUUCAGACCAGCAAGCAGUGAAUCUCGACCUUCAAACAGUGAUUUCAGACCAGCAAGCAGUGAAUCACGACCUCCAGCCAGCGAUUUCAGACCAGCAAGCAGUGAAUCACGACCUUCAAACAGCGAUUUCAGACCAGCAAGCAGUGAAUCACGACCUUCAAACAGCGAUUUCAGACCAGAAAGCAGUGAAUCACGACCUUCAAACAGUGAUUUCAGACCAGCAAGCAGUGAAUCUCGACCUUCAAACAGUGAUUUCAGACCAGAAAGCAGUGAAUCACGACCUUCAAACAGUGAUUUCAGACCAGCAAGCAGUGAAUCACGACCUUCAAACAGCGAAUUCAGACCAGCAAGCAGUGAAUCACGACCUCCAGUCAGCAAUUUCAGACCAGCAACCUUAGAAUCCAGAGCUGCAGCCAAUGAAUCAAGAGCUGCAGCUAGUGCAUCUAGACCAGUUGCCAACAAUCCUGACAUGACAAUCUCUGGUCUGAGACUCAUCAACUCUUCCUUAGCAUCUUCCAGUCCAAGCCAUGGGCCCCCAAACCCAAGCACCAGCACCCGUGACUUGGAUAAGCCCACGUCUAAUCACAACCUUAUGGCCACUCAUUCUAGUCACUUACUCAACCACAACAACUCUAACCCCACCCCAGGGGCAACUGGAGGGAAUUAUCUACUAAAUCCAACACACAACCAUUUCACUAGUCUCUCAAUGAACAUGAGGAGUGCCAUUGACGCCUCAAGGACUGAUCAGGUCCUGGCACACGACUCAACCAAUCUAGGAUUCGACCCUCAAAUGCACGACCUCCUUGCGAUGAACAGGAGCAUGCAGUUGGGCUACCACUUCCCCCAAAUGAACGCUCCCCUAGUACCAAAUGAUUAUGCUAUGAACAUGUUCAAGAGACCAAGUAUGUUUCAAGCCAAGCAAACGGGUAGUCUCAGUUCUACGGAUAAUAUCAUGAACAUGUUUGGUUUCAUGAACAACCCAACCUAUCCAUCUUCAUCUGAACAUAUAACAGGCCAACUGCCGAACAUGUUCACACAGUCCUCCAUACACGGCCACAGCGCCGCAGCCGAGACCAGCUCAGGGAAUCUGUUUCCGAUGCCACCAAAUCUGAAGUCGGACAUAUCCUCGGCAGAUCUGAACAGUGUUGUUCAGACCGCGCUGAACAUGUUCUCAUGUGACAAUGGACCAGAUUCGGAGUAUUCCGAUGUGUUCAGCAAGAAGCCUGAUCCAGGGGGGGACUGUUCCUUCACAGGGUCAGGUGGUCCAGUCUUUCCUACUAAUAUGUAAUGCUGAGUCAUCAUUUAAGGGCAUUAAAAACAAUUUUCACCAGAAUAUAAUUUUUUAAAAUAGCCAUGAUGACUAGGUGAACAGGCUGUUUGGUUUUUUUUGUAACAAAAAAAAAGUGAUUCAAAGUCAACAUAAACAACCAUGUUAUGAUAGUUGAGACAAGGAAAGAACUUUUCCAUUCAAUGCAGACAAUAUACUGACAUUCAAAGAAGUGAUUUUAAUACCUGACAAUACCGAAAUUAAUGCUUAUCUUUUGUGCACAAGGAUUUAUCUAGUAUUCCAUACUGAGUACACCUACAGACAAAUUGAGAUCGUUUCAUUAAUGUGUUCAAAAUUGGUAUUUUUAAAAAGAUCUUAUUUUUCUAAAUUUCAGGGGUAUUUUCACAUUGUUUUCUAAUAUUGCAUUCAAUGCAGUAAUGUUAAGUUAAGCAUUAAAGCCUUUGGCUUAAAAGAACUCUUUCACAUUAUAUCAGAGAAUAGCACUGGUGCCAAAUGAUAUGUGUUUCUUGUUAUGUCUGUAUCAUUUUAUAUCCAUUCAUGACCCAGUGAUACAAAACAUUGUAUUGUGGCACCACAGAACCUUAAAUUUCUUAUUAAAAUAACGAAAUUGUAUGCCGUUUUUCUACCCAAAAUUCCCUCUCUCUAUUCAUAUAUAAAUCCAAAGUUCAGAUUGAAAUAAUGAAAGUAUAUGCCUUUUUACAACCAAACAACCCUAUCCCAAUAUACCACUCAACUUUUGACAGGGAUUAUCAGAUAUGUCAUUCUACUUAAGUAUACACUUGACAUUAUGAGAAUCAGUUUGGUGUAGCGUCGAAAAAUAUCCCUAUCAGUGGUGGAGUAAUAUAUAUACAUCCAAGUUAUGAUUUCGGUGAUGAAAUUGUAUGCCAUGUUGCUAUCAAACGAUGUUUAUGUGUAUGGAGUAUGUGUUUGAUAGCAAAAAGUUUGUUAGUUAAAGAUGACUCGUUGCAGAGCAAGCCAGAGUUGGGACGACCUCAUUCAUGGGCCGCAAUGUUGAAAGGCUGAUUAUAGAGUUAUCUUGAUACGACCCCCUGUGGCGGUGUCGUCAGAUCUUCAUGCAAAGAGGUGUGAUAUCGGAGUAAAAGAUCUGAUGUUCAUGAGAUUGGAGCCGGGAAUGAUGGUAGUUAAAUGUGGGGAGGGUUAAGCAGUGUAGCGAGGAAAUAUAACAGACCCUUUCAUUUGAUAUGUUAAAGACAAAGAAAUACUUUUCUUUCAAAUAACAGGAUUAGGAUUGGAUGGGUCCGGUUGAGAUGGGAGGGUCAAGGGGAGGUGGGAUGGUCAAAGUUAGGUGGGAUAGGUCCGGGUGAGGUGUUGGAGGUCAAGGUUAGGUGGGUUAGAUCAAGGUGAGGUGUUGGAGGUCAAGGUUAGGUGGGUUAGAUCAAGGUUAGGUGGGAGAGGUCAAGGUUAGGUGGGAGGUCAAGGUGAUGUGGAAAAGGUCAGGGUGAGGUGGUAGGUCAAGGUGAUUGGGAGAGGUCAAGGUGAGGUGAGGGAGGUCAGGGUGAGGUUGGACAGGUCAAGGUGAGAUUUUAGGUAAAGGUGAGGGUCAGAUUGGGGUGGGGGGGGGGAUUAGGUGCCAAUUUAUUUUAUAUGUGUUGGUUAGAAUGUGCCCUAGAGUGAGUCUGUAGUUGUGUUUCUCAAUACCUCAAUGUGUGUAUGUUGAAAUGGAAUAAAUAGGGAAAAGAU